UUUUAAUGAUCUCCUAAGGAUUUCACAGGAGCUCAGAGGAGGGAGAUGAGUAGGAUAGAGCUUCAUGAACCCACAUUGAACAGUGUGAGCAAGAUCCCUGUGUCUGUGGAAAUAUUUUAAAGUAAAUCUCAGUCUCCGUGUUGCUCCCCUCACGUCUUCAAGGUCAGCGCGCUCUUGGAAACGUGAACAGUUUUCUGGAACCACGAGGCCACCGUUAACAGCCAGCACAGUUGGCAGCUGAGGCUGUAGGCUUUUCUGGUCCCAGGGUGUAUGGUCACCAAUCUCCCAAGGGCUACCCGGUCAGCUUUUUUUUUUUUCCUUUGUUUCAAAUUAAAUAAUUAAGACAUACAGAAAAAUACUCAUGCAACAACAGUGCACCUCCUGAGUGCCAGUAGUAUCAUGAGCUAAAUAAAGACUCAGCAAUAGGCAAAGCUGACUCAGGUCCCUGCCCUUGGGAGCUCCCAGGGGGAAGGGAGUGCAUGGGGGCCAUAAACAGGUGGACAUGCCUCACGUAGAGUGCAAGGACCAGGAGCCACAGCUGCUGGGGGAGAGCAAGGAGCAGCCGCAGGGCGAGGAGAGCCGCGAAGAAGAAGCUGGUCGAGGGCCAGCUAGAAGUCAGGUUUCUAGCCCCUCUAUCGCCACCUCCAGUGCCAACCGCCAGCUGAUGAUGCUAGAAGGGAAGUCAGGAUCCUGCUUUUCCUCUCUGGACUCAAGCAUCGACAUCCUGAAGAAGAGGGCCCAGGAACUGAUUGAAAACAUCAACGAGAGCAGGCAGAAAGACCACGCACUCAUGACCAACUUCAGGGACAGCCUCAAGAUCAAGGUUUCAGACCUGACAGAGAAGCUAGAGGAGAGGAUGUAUCAGAUUUAUAAUCACCAUAACAAGAUCAUUCAAGACAAGCUCCAAGAGUUCACUCAGAAAAUGGCAAAGAUCAGCCAUUUGGAAACAGAGCUCAAACAAGUGUGCCACACCGUAGAGACAGUGUACAAAGAUCUGUGCAUCCAGCCAGAGGCUACUACUUUGGAAGAUCAGACCCACAAAGAUGGCGACUGCUGACAGCUACUGGGAGAGGCCCCUCUUAGUAACAGCAACCAAGAGAAGGCUCAGAGGCCACCGUUCAGGCCACACUGAGAAAAUUGUUUUUCACAGUUCUAUAAUGCAUCUCGGGGGGAUAAAAAAGUCCUUGUGCUAGACCCAAAACUUCAGCAAGUCCAGCCCUGGCCAUGGGCCCAGCUUUGGUGUUCCCCAUACUUGGCAAAUUCACUCCACCCCACCCUGCACAGUUGGUUAAAUGUUUAAUUUUCAACCCGUUCAUGCUUCUUUCACACAGAGGCUGAGAAAGCUGAUGAGCUCUGUGGAGAUAUGUCAGGCCCUUUCUUACCUAAGAGAGGGAAUGGGAACACAGACAUCAGAUAAAUUGCUUGUCCCAGCUGAUCUCCCCAUCCUAAAGCCACCACCCCACAUACCACAUCCCAUGCUGUCAAGUCUGGGUAACAUUUUAGAGCCAUCAGUGUUCUCAUUUGCUCUUCCUAAGCUUAACAGGGUGGAAGGCAAAGGUUACUGCUUCCCUUUUAUGGAGAAUUACAUAACAAUUACGUUUACUUCCUAAAGUGCAAAUCUGACCCCAUCCCUCCCCUGCAUAAAACUCCCUAAAGGCUCUGCUUGUCCUCAGGGUCAUCCCCACACCUGUAGGAUCACCCCAACCCCAACCUUCCCUUUUGCUGUUUCUGGAAUGUCCAUCUAGAAUAGCACACAGAAGCUACUUCACUGUCUUUGCCCAGGGAGCUACACUUGCCUUCAGGCCCAACCUGGUCCCACUUUCUUCUCAAGAUGAGCACUUGUACCUUUAUACAUCUCUGCCUGGCUGAUACUAGAUUGUACUUUUUUUCAAAUAAUCUUUUUCCAUGUCUCUUCCCACAGGGAAAGGUGUUCUAGGUCCAAUGCGAUUAUAUCCAGUUGCCAGAUGUAGGCACUACAGCCUGACAAUGAUUUGUCUUUUUUCUCUUAACAUAAAAUGGAGUGGUGAUU